AUUCCCAAAUCCAUCAGCACCCAGCCGCCGCCGGCUCCUCCCCUUCGCAUCUACUAGUCAACGGAUCCCGACGGCCGCGAAAGGAAAUGGCCUCGCCGCUGACGGCGAUCCCCGACCACCUCUUGACGGAGAUCUUCCUCCGGCUUCCGGAGCCGGCUGACCUCGUCCGCGCCUCCGCCGCCUGCGUCCCCUUCCGCCAGCUGGCCACCGAGGGCUCCUUCCUCCGACGCUUCCGCCGCCUGCACGCCCCGCCCUUCCUCGGCUUCCUCAACUACGACAGGUUCCACCCGGCCCUCCCGCCUCACCCCUCCGCUCCCGCCGCUCGCGCGCUCGCCGUUGCCGCCGACUUCUCCUUCUCCUUCCUGCCCUCCCGCUGCCGAUGGGCCGUCCAGGACACCCGCGACGGCCGCGUCCUCCUUCAUCGUCUAUACAAACAUGAGGAGCAGGCCCCGGUCUUCCAGGAGCUCGUGGUGUGCGAUCCCUUGCAUCGGCUGUACGUCCUGCUUCCUCCAGUACCAGAUGACUUAGCCGAUUCGGUGAAUCACCCGAUCCCCAUGGCACCAAGGCUCCGCCGCAUACCUUUCCUCGUUCCCCUCUGCGAGGAGGACACGGAGACAGCGGCGGCGGAAGAGAAAGCAUUCAGAGUGAUCUGGAUGGCAUAUAGCAAAACUAAGCUGGAUGCCUUAGUCUUCUCUUCGAGCACCGGGCAAUGGCAAGCCACUGAAUCCAAGGAUUGGAGUGCUUUGGUUCAUGGCAUGACCGACAAGACUGUGAUGUCACGGACCAACCCACUUUUUCUCAGCAGCCAUUAUGCUUAUGGAUGCUUCUACUGGGACUGGGUAAUGAUUGGGAGGAAAAAGUUGCUGGUGCUGGACACCAGGCGGAUGGAGUUCUCCAUUGCUGACCUCCCACCCGGCGAAUGGAGUGUAGAGGAAAUAGCCAUUGUGGAGGCAGGUGAAGGCAAGCUUGGGAUGUUUGGUUUCCAUGGUGAAUUUGCAUCUCAUCUCAGCUAUACCAUUGCACGGAACAAAGGCAAGAGUCCCGUCCAGUGGCAGAUGGAAAAAACAAUCUCACUAGAUUCUGGGUACAAAUACCAUAUCAGAGAUGCAACAGAGAGGUACUUGCUCUUGACAAAGACAGAAGCCUCGUCCCCAGAGCAUCCACUCUUUGAAUAUUUCUCGAUCAACGUCAAGACGUUGCAGCUUCAGAGGGUUUGUGCGAAACAAUCCAGGCGGAUGUACAGUUGGACACACAUAUAUACCAAUUUCCCACCAUCGUUGGCUUCGCGGACAAUAUGAAGGGGUAAAAUUUAUAUUGCAUCCUUGUUAUCUCAUUCCCUUCAAAAUUAUCGUACAACUUGUCUAUUGCUUGAUUGUUCGUUAUUAUAAUUUAUAAUUAUUGUUUA